CCUCCGCCCGCCCGCCCGCCGUUGGCAGCCGUUCCCGCCGGGCCGGAGCGAUGCCUUUCCUGGGCCAGGACUGGCGGUCCCCGGGCCAAAACUGGGUGAAGACGGCCGACGGCUGGAAGAGGUUCCUGGACGAGAAGAGCGGGGGCUACGUCAACGAUAUCAACAGCUUCUGCAGCAAGGACACCUACAACAAGGAGAACCUUUUCAGCAGCCUGAACUACGAUGUUGCAGCCAAGAAGAGGAAGAAGGACCUGCUCAAUAGUAAAACAAAAAUUCAAUAUUUCCAUCAAGAAAAAUGGAUCUACGUUCACAAAGGAAGUACCAAAGAGCGCCAUGGCUACUGCACCUUGGGUGAAGCUUUCAACAGGCUUGAUUUCUCAAGCGCCAUUCUGGAUUCGAGACGGUUCAACUAUGUUGUGCGGCUGUUGGAGCUGAUAUCGAAGUCGCAGCUCACGUCCUUGAGCGGCAUAGCCCAGAAGAACUUCAUGAACAUUUUGGAAAAAGUGGUCUUGAAAGUCCUGGAAGACCAGCAGAACAUUAGGCUAAUAAGGGAUUUGCUCCAGACCCUCUACACCUCGUUAUGUACCCUGGUUCAAAGGGUGGGCAAGUCGGUACUGGUUGGAAACAUAAAUAUGUGGGUAUACCGAAUGGAGACGAUUCUCCACUGGCAGCAGCAGCUGAACAAUAUCCAAAUCACCCGGCCCGCCUUUAAAGGCCUGACCUUCACUGACCUGCCUCUGUGCUUACAAAUGAACAUCGUGCAGAGGUUGACUGACGGCAGAGACCUUGUCAGCCUGGGCCAAGUAACGCCGGACCUCCAGAUCCUCAGUGAAGAUCGACUGCUGUGGAAGAAGCUUUGUCAGUACCAUUUCACAGAGCGACAGAUCCGCAAGCGCCUAAUUUUAUCUGAUAAGGGCCAGCUGGAUUGGAAAAAGAUGUAUUUUAAGCUUGUACGGUGUUACCCAAAGAAAGAGCAAUAUGGAGACACUCUUCAGCUUUGCAGACACUGCCAUAUACUGUCCUGGAAGGGCAUCGACCAUCCUUGUACAGCCAACAACCCCGAGAGCUGCUCCGUUUCUCUUUCACCCCAAGACUUUAUCAACCUGUUCAAGUUCUGACAGCGCUUCGAAUCGUCUGGUUCUCGGCGGACUCUAGGAUACUGAUCUCGGACCCUUCGGUUGUAAAUAGUGUACAUUUUCAACGCUCGUUUGAAACUUCAGCAUCCGGCUAGCAACGCGGACCCGGGAGUUGCCCCCCGACUCUGUAGGAAUGUGGUCGUUUUGUAUUCAGAGGGGUGAGGAGGAGCAGUAGCGUUCUGUAAAUAGGCAUUGGUUUUUUUUAUUAGCCCGCAAGAUGACAGGAGCAGAAACUGUGUUUUAGAAGUCAAAACUGAGUCCGCUUUGAGCUCUCUACAAGCCUUGCCUUGGGUUUCUAAAAAUUGGAAAGACAUAAAACGUCAGCAUGAACUUCCUUGACCUGUUUACAACUUGGAAAUUUCAAAGAAACUAAACAUCAAAAAUCCCUGUAAAAAUCACGGAAAAUUCACGCGAAGGAUUUGGAUGUUUCUUAAACUUAUGUAUAGGGCUUAUUUUAUAAAGCUACAACACCACACUACUUUCUACCUCUGCGAUCAAAAAGUACCUUUUUCUGACACACAAAGUAAGUUAUCCAGGGUUCAUUGUACAUUUUUAUACUUCUGACAGCGAUAAAAAAGGAAAACUGUUCAUCAUAAGCAAACUUCUUCUUGGUUCGGCCUUACUUUGGUGAAUAGAACAGUCUUUUGAGUUGCCGCUCCUAUAAAACACUAGUGGAAAAUGUUUUUCCCUUCACAUCUCCAGCUGGGGAAGCAACAGCAGGAUUACUAAAGAGUCAAUUUUGUGGCCAUGAAGAGACAUUCCUAUUUGAUUUCCAUGCAUGUAGGUACCACCUUAGUCUGACUUCCAUUCAAGAGUUGAGAUAAUUUCUACUUAUUAGAUGGAUACAGUAAGGUGUGUGUCCUUAAUAAAGUCUUGAAAAUAAGUACAAGAUACAUUGUACCAUGCAAUCUUUUCCCUUCUGCCCCAUGGAAGUAUACCAAUGGAGAAAAUAGAGAUUUUGUUCCUACUGCUUAUUACUUCAACGUAAAUUGUUAUCCUGGGUAGUACCUGUGAAAAUACUUCCAAGGCUGACUUAAAAUAUGCAAACAAUUACAGCAUAGUUCUAAAAGGAGAAGAAAACUACUCCCUGUAGCCCUGUAACCAAAUGUACAGUUCAAAUUCAAGGAUUUAAUCCUGAACAAAUGUGUGGAUAUGCAUUUUUGACAAAGUAAUGAAGGGAUAGAAAAACUCAACUUAGUCAUUUGUUAAUUGGUCCUGGUUCUGUGUGUAUGUGUGUGUUUUAAGUUUUAUAAAAUCUUCCAUUUCUGCA